AGUCAGAGCAACAGUGUAUAAAUGUCCAGUCCUGCCCAUAGGAGAUCCAGAGACCAGGACCCAGGCUCUUUCGUCUUGCUUCCGACAGUCUGACAGGGUCGCUUUCUCAUCCAGUCUGCUCCCCAGGGUCUUCUGGUUCCUGGCAAGUGUUUCUCAGAGCUCAGGUUUGGCCAUGUCUGGGUGGAGCUGCCUUGUGACAGGAGGAGGAGGCUUUGUGGGUCAGAGGAUCGUCCGCUUGUUGGUGGAGGAGAAGGAUCUGCAGGAGAUCCGGCUCCUAGACAAAGUCUUCAAAUCAGAAGUUCGAGAGGAAUUUUCUAAGCUCCAGAGCAAGAUCAAGCUGACCAUGCUGGAGGGAGACAUUCUGGAUAAGCAGUGCCUGAAGGACGCCUGCCAGGGCAUCUCAGUGGUCAUCCACACGGCCGCCAUCAUUGACGUCGUGAAUGCCGUGCAGCAGGAGACCAUCAUGAACAUCAACGUGAAAGGUACCCAGCUCCUGUUGGAGGCCUGUGUUCAGGCGAGUGUGCCCAUCUUCAUCUAUACCAGCACCAUAGAGGUGGCUGGGCCCAACUCCUACAAAGAGGUCAUCCAGAAUGGCCACGAAGAAGAGCAUCUCGAAAGCCGAUGGCCCGCUCCAUAUCCACAAAGCAAAAAGCUUGCUGAGAAGGCUGUGCUGGAAGCUAAUGGGUGCGCUCUUAAAAAUGGUGGCACUUUGUACACUUGCUCCUUACGGCCCAUGUAUAUCUAUGGGGAGAGGAGCCCCUUCCUUUCUGGCCACAUAGACUGUGCCCUGAAGAACAAUGGCAUGCUGACAAAUUACGGCAGGUUCUCCGUCGUCAACCCAGUUUAUGUUGGCAAUGUGGCCUGGGCCCAUAUUCUGGCCUUGAGGGCCCUGCGGGACCCCAGAAAGGCCCCAAGCAUCCAAGGACAGUUCUACUACAUCUCAGACGACACGCCUCACCAAAGCUAUGAUGACCUCAAUUACGCUUUGAGCAAAGACUGGGGCUUCCGGCUUGAUUCCAGAAUGAACCUUCCUAUUUCUCUGCAGUAUUGGCUUGCCUUCCUGCUGGAAAUGGUGGGCUUCUUGCUUAGUCCAAUUUACAAAUAUAAGCCCACCUUCAGCCGCCACCUCGUGACACUAUCAAACAGUGUGUUCACCUUCUCCUAUAAGAAAGCUCAGCGAGAUCUGGGGUAUGAACCCCUCUUCACGUGGGAGGAAGCCAGCCAGAAUACCACGGAGUGGGUUGGCUCCCUGGUGAGACAGCACAGGGAGACCCUGAAAACAAAGACUCACUGAUCUGGGGGCGACAACAAUGUGGUUGUGCAUAUUGCUAGAUGUCUGUCAAGCUCUCUCCUCCGGCUUCCUACAGAAAGUAACACAGAUACAGGCCCGGAUACUACGGCCUCCCUUUUACAAGAUGGCCAUCUUACUGUCUCACUCCCGCCACCAGAAACCUUCUCAGCCACUGGCCCCGCCAGGAGAUUUCUGCCCUACCUGCUCUUUAGAGGACAGACAAGGUGAUUUGCUGUCGUUGCUGGUCCUAAAGUCUCAGUUGCUAAUUCUGAGCUAUCUGGGCUACUUUUCACUGAGAGUUUUGCCUGUUGAUUCCAUUUUCUUUGGUAAAUGCAAAAGCAUUUCUUUUGAAAGUUCGUAUUCCUUCACACAGCUCAAUGAAAAUAAAUGUUUUAAUGGCUUAUCAGGA